UUCACGUAGACUCUUGUGAUAAAAUGAUUGUCAACACUUCAAGUGAAGACAGAGCGACUGUGUAGUUCAGUGGAGCAUUGUGGAAAAUUGAUUUUGUGUCGGUUCAUGGUGCCUUUUUGGUGUGUAACAGAUGGGAAAAUUGCGAGGAUACGAAAAUCCUGUGGCUGUGGCCUCAACUGCGUCAGAUGAGAGACCAACUGGUCACGACCGGACGAAAUCUGAUGCUGAAAAUAAUGCUGAUCGAGAUACGACAGAUCGUAUUCCGACAAUUCGGAGAUUAUUCAACGCCAACAGGUAUGCCACAAAGAAGACAUUGGCACAAGGAAUUCUGGAUUUGGCUCUCUUGGCUUCAAAUGCUGCCCAGCUGAAGUAUCUGCUGAGAAUUGGAGAAUCCCAUGAAUUCUACACACUCCUCCUUGCCCUCAUUGUAUCAUCAAUCUGCCUUCAGGUAAUUCAGGCAAUUGUAUGUGUUGUGCUUGGGCUCAUCCUGGAUAUCAACAAUGUGGACCAACAGAAAAUUGCGGACAUUUGCAACAACGUCUGUUUGACUAUCAUCAUUGUCACUGUGGCUAUAAACGUUAUAAUUAGUGCUUUCGACCUGAAAGAUGAUGGCACAAGGCACAUUUAGGUCUUCUUCUCCUUUUGGCUAUUAGAUGUAAUUUUUGGUAAAGAUAUCUGGGCCAUAUUUCUCUACUUGCAUUUGAGAAGUUCGAGGUCUUUCAGCAUAUAAACCAUUUAAUUACAUUCAUUAACUUUUAAAUGUUCAAUUAUAACUUUAUAUGUCUAUAAAUAACCUUAUCAGUGUUAUAUGAAACUCAGAGUAGAUUGUACAGCUUUUUAUAUGUAUUUAUAAAUUAUAUAUAUAACCAAGUUAUUUGAGAGUGCUUUUGUGCUUCUGCAAUAUCUCUUCGUUAUAAUUGGAUGAAUCUACCAAAACUUUUACAGAGAUUUCGUUUUGUAUUGAAAAUUAUGUUUCGUGGUAUUGCAAUGCGGUUGAGGUUAUAUUUGAACGUUUGAAAAAAGAGUGAUUUGUAUUUUGGUGAAAAACUAUUCAAAAUUUCUAUCUUUAAAUUGAAUUUGUCUUAAUGUCAAUUAAGAUAAAUUCAAUUCAGGUUUGUGCAUAAAAGACUAUAGAAGUGGAUUUUAUUAUAUUGAUCUAUCAAUAGAAUUCAUGAAAUAAAAUCCAUUUAAUUUAAACAAUUUCCAUUGACAAUUGCAGUAGAGAAAAGAAAAGUAUUUGAGUAUUUUUAAUUUUCUCCUUGAUGAAUUGCUGAAUUGACAGUUUUAAAUGAAGAACUUCUCAAAUUCAUAUUGCUAAUGACGAAAUUUGAUUUAUCUUAUCGAAAAGAAUGUAUUUUUACUAACCUUAAUAAAUUUUUAUAUGCUAAAAUUAA